GCGAUCCAGAGCACAAGCGGAACUUUGAUUGUAUGAAGAUAAGGAAGAGGCUGGGACUCUCGAAUUCACUACGAAAUUCCAUUUAUGGAGUACCGUGACAAAGCAAGUCCUUUACCGCGUUAACAUCUGGAUCAAGAAACGUUCAAUAUGUUACAGGGGGUACAUUCUAUACGCAAAAUAACGUAAUCAGUCGAGCAUCGAAUUUCUUGCGCCGUAAAGUUCAUGCUUUGCCUAUACAUGCGGGAAAGAGAUGUGCGCUAACUUUACCACCAGUUACUUUACAAACAUAUUGUCAAUGGAUCAGCAAGAAUCACAUUUGUCUCUUCAAGUAGCGAUCGACGUCGUACAACGAUACUACCACUUUUUGUGUCAUCUCGAUGCCACAGGAUUUUACACAUCUUGAUGAUGUCGACAGGAGGAGUGCAUGCGAGAACCACAGAAUUUAGAGCUUUCAGACAAGUAAACAAGUCAGUUCUGUGUUGACAGCAGAACUUUCGUGUUGGGGUUACAAACAAUGCUAAAGACGAAGCUGCAUUAUCAAAUACCAUAUGAUGCGAAACGUAACGUGUCGCUAAGUCGCGCCAUCUGGCAGGAAUCUGAGCGUUUCAUUGUAAUAGAAAUACUUGAGUUGACGUGCAAUCAGACGUGUAAAAGUGGGCUGGUGGUCCAUCCUUUGGAUGUAGAAAGAGGCGGCAAAAUUCAUGCUCUGGAUUUUGCAAUUUCUCGCCAAAACAGUCCAAUCGCUCUUUUCUAUAUGAAGGAGUAACUUGUUGAUCUUAACGAGUAAGACGACCUUGUGUUGCCAUCAUUUUGACAAAUUGAAAGAACGAUGUUCGAAAUUGUCAAGGAAUUAUUCAUGACAGAUAGUACGUGCAAAUGGCAUGUUGUCUUACGUACGAGAAAAACCGAUUUUUUGUGGACAUCAAAUUCCACAGUGUUUUGUUGGUAAACCGAAUAGAUCACAACGAUCAUCAAAAAUUUAUGAAGGAUGUAGUUGAAUCAUUUAAAAAUAUUAGCGGCAGCAAAACUGCUGUGACGUAACAUCUGUGUCAACUCUUUG